AAAAACAUUCUCACUUCCUUUGCGAAAAAAACAAAGAAAACAUCAACCAUGGCAAUGAACAAACCCUUUCAUCUCCUUACCCUAAUCUUCAUCCUUGUCCUAAUUAUCCCGAUUUCGCAUUCCCAAAAGGACCUUCCCGACACCCAAACCCCGUCACCAUUUAGCUUCAUCAAAGACCUUCAAGGAUGCCACAAAGGCAAUAGAUCUACUAAAGGCCUCCAUAACCUCAAACACUACCUACAUCAAUUCGGCUAUCUCAACUAUCGAGACCAAACACAUCUUGACGAUGAUGACUUUGACAAUGCCCUCGAAUCCGCCCUCAAAACCUACCAAAAAAAUUAUCAUGUUUCCCCCACGGGCACUUUGGAUGCCUCCACUGUGGAGAAAAUGACCUCUCCUCGAUGUGGAGUCGCGGACAUUGUCGAGGGAAUCAACACCAUGGCGCCAAAGAACCACCACCAUCGGCCCGGAAAAUCUAUCCACAAUGUCGCUAACUUUUCCUUUUUUCCGAAUCGUGCUCGUUGGCCACCGUCCAAGACACACUUAACAUACAGGUUCCACCCGAAUACUCCACGGGGUAUAAUCGCGCCAGUGAACAGUGCUUUCCAAAAAUGGGCUUCCGCAACGUUCUUCACUUUUUCGCACGUCGGCAGCAACAUGCAGUCUGAUCUUGCAAUCGGGUUUUUCUCCAGAAACCAUGGCGACAAUGCCCCAUUUGACGGCCGAGGUGGUACCAUAGCCCACGCCUUUGCGCCAACUAAUGGAAGGUUUCAUUACGACGCAGACGAGAAUUGGGUGAUCGGAGCCGUUCAAGGUGGAACGGACUUAGAAACUGUCGCCAUCCAUGAGAUCGGCCAUCUUUUGGGGCUCGGACAUAGCCGAGUUCCGGCGGCAAUCAUGUUCCCCACAAUUGGUCCCGGCCAAACCAAAGACCUUCAUCAGGAUGAUAUUAACGGAAUCAGGGCUUUAUAUGGAAGAUAGAGACUAUGAAUGCUUAUAACAAUGAUUUACAUACUAUACAUCCAAAAUAAAGUGUUGUUUGUUCGAGUGUGACUUGUCUUGUCAGAUCUAGGUUGCAGGUAUUAAGUUCGACCGAAGUUUAUCCAGUUCGCAUUUUCGGGUAGCGACUGCGAAUUUCCACGUCAUAAAAUAAUAAUAAUGUGUUGUUUGUUAUAUUAAUGCAAUGUUAUAUCAAUAAAUAAGGAUGUUU